AGUCGCGCCGCCACCGUUCCUUCACGCCCAACCCCCACUGAGUCGUCGCGCGCGGCUCCUCUUCCUCCCCGGGGCUUCUUUGCCCACGCGCGCAGAUCAUCAUGGCCGGGAAACCGAGCACGUUUUGGCACGAGGCGUCCCACCAGAUUCUGGCCGGGGGCUCCGCGGGUCUUGUAGAAAUUUGCCUGAUGCACCCCCUCGAUGUGGUGAAAACCAGGUUCCAGAUUCAAAGAGGCAAAACUGAUCCAUCCAGUUACAAGAGCUUGAGACACAGUUUUAGGACGAUAUUCCGGACGGAGGGAUUGUUUGGUUUCUACAAAGGCAUACUCCCUCCAAUCUUGGCUGAAACACCCAAAAGGGCAGUAAAGUUUUUCACCUUUGAACAAUACAAGAAAUUGCUAGGAAAUGUUUCACUGUCACCAGCCCUGACAUUUGCAGUUGCUGGCUUGGGAUCUGGGCUAACAGAAGCAGUUGUGGUUAACCCUUUUGAAGUAGUCAAGGUUAGCCUCCAGGCAAAUCGGGAUGCUUUCACAGAGCAACCAUCCACCUUUGCCAAAGCUCGACAGAUUAUUCAGGCCAAUGGGCUGGGUCUCCAUGGGCUUAACAAGGGGUUACCUGCUACCUUGGGACGCCAUGGAGUUUUUAAUAUGGUUUAUUUUGGAUUCUACUUCAAUGUGAAAAACAUCAUUCCUGUCAAUAAGGAUCCAACCUUGGAGUUUCUGAGGAAAUUUGGAAUCGGACUAGUUUCAGGAACAAUAGCCUCGAUUAUUAACAUCCCUUUUGAUGUUGCAAAAAGUAGGAUUCAAGGACCGCAGCCACUUCCCGGAGAGAUCAAGUACAGAACCUGUUUUAAAACUAUGGCAACGGUCUAUAAAGAAGAAGGAUUUCUAGCUUUGUACAAAGGGUUAAUUCCUAAAAUCAUGAGGCUAGGCCCAGGUGGUGCAGUGAUGCUUCUGGUUUACGAAUAUGCUUUUGGAUGGCUUCAAGAAAACUGCACGCAUCUGCAAGCUUGAGAAGGCUUUCCAAAAUUAUAUUCACAACUUUAUUAUUGUCCAAGGAGAACAGGCCAUCUUGAAAAGAUUAUACUGGUAAGAGAAAAGAGUAAAAGAGAGCAGUCGGAAUCCAAGUGACCAUGAAAUGAUGCUUGAUAAAGGAUACAGAAAUGCCAAUAAAAUAAA